AUGGCCCUGAAGAUCAGGGUUAAUCCUGGAUUCGAGUUCAGCACGUCACGAGAACGGACUGCUGGGCAAUUCCAUCAUAGUGAACAAGCGGACCGGUUCUACGGACCCCUGUACAAACAACAAACCACGACCUGGUAUCCGGCAUGGGUGGACUGCUACAACGUGAGCGGGAUUGCAAAGAGCCAGUUGCAGGUCAAGACGGGGUGGGAUGUGCCCACGGUGGAGUCGGUCAUAAGCAGCAUCCAGUCGAGAUACGUGCAGAAGCCCGACCUCUCCAUCCUGAACAAGGAGGCCAUAUGGGCAGACGCGCCCCGUCCGACCGGAAUGAGCAACUGGUCCAACACCACCCAGUGCGUGGGCACCCACGGCGAUGUCACCGUCUGCCUCGGAGGGGUUUGCAACGUGAAGAUGGCGAGCGUGCUCGUGCAUACCAUUGCCAUGGUGCUGAGCAACAAGGCGGAGGUCUUCUGCGCCUCCAACUAUGACGAGGCGCUGGCGAAAUGCCCCCUGAGGUCGGCAAACCAGAGCAUCUUGAUAGAGGUCAGGAACAACAUGUGGCAGUGCAAGAGCGACUGCGUGAGGGCGAAUUCAAGUACAUCGGCAAGCAGGACUUCCGGUACCGCACUCUCGAUAAGGGGCAGCAAGGCCCAGGGUUACACGCACAAGGACGCCUUGCGGCUGCUGUGGAUCUCCCCCGAUGUAGUGAGCAAGAACUUCAUGAACGCGGGAGACCGGUACAGCUACGAGACCCUGACUCUCUACAACCUGAACAGCUACAAGUCCCAGGCCAUCACGAUGAGGCAGCAACCCCUGAGCAGCUGCAUCAACCAGCCCGUCUCCAUCACGGACUGCCUCCCUUACUCCAACAGAGAGACGCUCAAGCAGUGCCUCUCCCACUACGAGCGGCUCUCCGCUUUCGUGGCAGAGAGCGGGGAGUCGGUCCUCACCCGCCUCUCCGCGGAUCAGGUCCUCUCUCCCUACACCGCCCAUUGGGUGGACAGCGAGAGGCCGGAGAGGGACCGUUACAUAGACUGGGUGCUGGGAGACGGCAGGUGCCAGGAGGCCAGCCAGUCCGACGCCGUGUGCUACCUCACGGUCACGGGACGAUUUUGUGAAAUCGCUGAACCCAUGGCUGGGAGGGGGGUUCAAUUUCUUCGAGGCGUGCGACACCAUGCCCGUGCCCGACGAGCUCACCACCGUCAUCAUGGGCACAUGCAAGAACGGCGUCCCCUCCGUGAACACUGCGGGGCGAAGUUCCACUCCCGCGCCCCCGAUCUUGGCCUCCUGAAGCAGGGGCUGAUGGACAUCGGCGGGGGGCUCUACGUCAUGGAGCUCAGGAUCCUGGGGGAUAACGUCAUCUACAAUCUCCUCCCCAAGUGCAUGCCACUGGAUUACCCAAAAAUGGCCAGCACCGACCCCUCCCUCGCCGGCGUCGACCCCUGUGCCGGGAGGAGCAUGGAUUGGCUCAGGACCUACGACAUCGACUCCCGCAGCGACUUCAGCCUGAACUCACAGGAGCUGGCACCCCCUCGGGCAACGGCGUCUCUGACUGGUCCUUCCCCGGCGGCCAUGAUGUUCUCGGAGGCGAGCAACAUGGGGAGGGACGCCGGCAACGGCAUGUCUCACCCGAUGCAGCUCUUCGGGCAGGAGGUGCCCGACCUCUCAGACCCCAUGACCAAGGGCAUCCUCCGUGAUGGGACGGACCGCGGGAGUGCCGCGCACCACGAGGUCCUUCCAUGCGCUCGACGACCCACCUCCUUGGUCUUCUACCCGCAGAUGGACGGCAACUUCCGGAGGAGAUUCUCCCAGUGCCAGAAGACGCCCACCAUGGAGAAGUUCACGGACAGGCCCUCGGCGCAGACAUUCACCGCCGCUAUUGUCCCCGUGUGCGGCAACUCCGCCAGCUGUGGGCUCCUGUCGGGCAAGAAGAACACGCACAGCUGGAAGGUCGACACCUUCCUGACCGGCUACCUCCGCGACGUCGCCUCGCUCUUCAACUCCCCCCUCUCGGCAAGGAGUGUGAUCCCUCCCAUGCCCGACGGGGUCAACGACAACGAGUUCUGGUUGCGCAAGUGGGUGUAUUGCACGGAGACACAGCGCAACCUGACCACCGGGGAGCAGACCGGGGAGUACAACCGCGAGUGCUUCGGGUCCAUCUCGAAGCAGAACUGGCUAGACCCCGCCCAGCGCUUCCCUUCCUGCAAGGCCGUCACCAGCGACGCCCCCAACAAGGGCAUCAUGAUGAACAACCUCUGCAUCAGAGUGGCGGACUUCAUCCAGGGCAUUCAGGCGGCAAAUUGCAAUGCGGCGGGGGUUUACAUCGACCAGCGCUUCCUCUACAACCCUGCGGUCUACAGCAUAUCCAACCAGGCCCUCGUCACUCAGACGGUGUUAGACUUCUUCCUCGUCACUCAGACGGUGCUAGACUUCUUCCUCGUCACUCAGACGGUGCUAGACUUCUUCCUCGUCACUCAGACGGUGCUAGACUUCUACCAGUCCUUCAACACUCAGGCCUGCUCCGCCUCCUACACCGCUAACGAGACGCCGAGCAAGUGUGCCGCCACCUUCUUGGUGCCCAUCAAGGACCUCUUCAACAACCUGAGGCCCGUGGUGGAGAACCAUGAUCUUGCCAAGGGGACGAGGCCGGUUGCUGUUGGACAGAGGACUGACGCCAGGUCUGGUGCCGCCCUCUGCCGCGCGAGUCUGGUCGUCAUCGGAGUGACUCACUCAACGGUCCAGCGCACCGUGACGGGGAAAGGUUGCUUCGACCCGGCCCUGCCCCAAGAAAAGGACAUCGCAAUCGCGACGCACAAGGGGGUCUUGAGGAUGAAGCAAGGAUCUGUUGCCGGAAAGGUUGGGGACUACACGGCAUACGGGGGUCAAUGCACGCCCAGAUACGAAGCCGCUUGUCCUGGCUCCUCCAACUCCUUCGCCUCAUGCGAACCACUGUGCUCAUGGUUGGAGGCUGUUGCCAAGGGGCUUGCGACAGACAAGGGAUGCUCCUGUGACCAGGAAUGCACGAAGCUCAGCACAACCCCGCUCUACCGGUUGACCAGCGGAGCUGUUGAUAUCAUCAGGGACGGAGGAUCGAUCUCGCAGGUUGCCAUCUCCACGGUUCUCGAUCAAAGCAAGAUCAGGCAACAGGACUUGGCGGCGCUGGUAGAGGAAGUAGCUGCUGCUGCAGGCGUGGACAAGAGCCGCGUCAACGUCGUAGGAACUGGCUCUGUGGCCCUGUGCAAAAAUGUCGAGGUGUCCGGGCAUCCCACCAGCACCUGCAACGGCGUUUACAGCACCCCCGACACGUACAACGGGAAGCCGCACUAUGCGAAUGCCGAGGGAGCGAACCUCUACUUCGACACUACAUGGUGCAUGGGCCGGGGCGGGACGUGGAACUUCGGGGUGGGGACUUUCCCUCCCCUGAGCGGCGCGUUGACAUCAGCAGACUACUUCGACGCGUCCAUCACUGACCUGGCUGUCCCGACUGGGACCCACAUCCUGGGCAAGUCGAGAAAGCAGAUCCUGAUCUCUUGUACCUCCAAGUCUCCCUCGUGCCCCUGCACUGGGCAGACGUGGGCGAGUCAGACUCUCCUCUCCCUGGGGGUCCAGACCAACUACGGCAGCUACUGCGCGGCAUGGGAAGACGGUGACUGCGCCUCGCAUGCGUGCGGGGAGAAGAAGACGUGCGUGCAGAUGUGGCCUGAGUCUGCUCCUGGGACAUGGUGCUGCGAGGCUUGGUGCUAUGUGGAUCCCAACACUUGCAAGCUACAAGACGUCACUCUCUCUGUUGUUGGCAUCCUCGCCGCUGGCAACCAGACAGGAGUCCAGCCGCUCUCCUACUCCUACCAGACCUGCUUAGACACGCCAACCAAGUACACCUCGAGCACUUGUCCUUGGACGAACAAGGCAUCGUUCUCGAUCGAGGAGGCGCCUUACACGAUGAUUCUCGAUGAUAACUACUGCAACAUCGUUGACAAAGUCGCCUUUGAGAAUCAGGUCUUGCAAGACCUCUCCACGGCUCUCGGAGUGGACAAGAGCUUCUUCCAGAUCCUGUCUUACUCUCCUGGAAGCAUCGUGAUCGAGAUGAAGGUGGUCAACGGAGUGAAGCUCCUCCAGUUGGGCAAGUCGGCGGGAGGGCUGGUGGCAGAGCUUACCAGGCAGACGUUGGACGCCGGCAGCCUGCUCAAGAAGGGAGUAUACACUCAGUAUGCGACGACGAAGACAAACGACAACUUCGUGCAGUCGGUCUGUACCUCACCGGGGAACAAGCUCGACUCGCUCAAGCAGGCGCUCACCAGGAGGGUGAAGGGAUGCAGGAAUGAAAGCUGUUGGGUCAUGUCUUCCAGCUAUCCCCGGGCUGUCACGUCGGUUACCAUCACCUUCCUUCUGACCUUUGCAACGCUAUGGGCACUUGAGGGGUAG